AGACUUUGCAUGCAGACCUUCUCAGCCUGAUGCAUGAUGUGCUUGCUCAUGCCCACUUGUGACUUGGCUUCGUCCCCAUCAGGAUGCAGAACAUGGCGCAGUGAGAGCUAGAGAGUUCACAACGGCCUUUGGUUGGAUGCAUCGGCCUGGCAUCGCGUCAUUGAUGUCAGCAGAGACGGCACCAUAGGUUCCUGCUGGAGCUCCCGUCCGCAGGCCCGGGCUGCACUUCCCAACCACCACACGAGCUGGGCUGCAAGCCCGGGCCAGGUCUCCCCCCUCGAAGCUUCUGAAUCCAAUAUGAGGAGGUCUUCCAGGAGUCAGCCAACUCCAGCACCUUCAGCAGGACGGACAAGUCGAGGGGACUCAGAGAAGGUGGAAGCAUUGUUUGCACAUUAUGCCGAUGACGAGGCGGAUAUCGGGCCCACUGGAGUGGAGAGACUGUGCGACGAUCUGGGGAUAAGCACAACUGACAUCAGGAUUCUCCUGCUGGCAUGGAGAUUGAAGGCAUCUCGGAUGGGGUACUUUUCAAGAGAUGAGUGGCGACAAGGCCUCAAGGGUCUGCGAGUCGACUCCCUGGAUAAGUUGAAGAGGGUUCUUCCAAGUUUACAAGAUGAGGUUGCAAACCCGUACACUUUCAAGGAGUUUUACCAAUUUGCCUUCAGAUUCUGCUUAACCGAACCAUUGCAAAAGACGUUGGACAUUGAAACAGCGACUGUGAUGCUGGAGCUGGUUUUGGGGACCCACCCGCAUCUUCCAACUUUUGUCCAGUUUCUCCAAGAGCAGAAGGAGUACAAGGCUAUCAACCUGGACCAGUGGACAGCAUUCCUCCGGUUUUGCAACGAGGUGAAGCCGGAUCUCAGUAACUACGACGAGAGCCAGGCCUGGCCGCUGCUGCUUGACAACUACGUGGAAUGGGCAAAAGAGAAGCAGCAUUGAUUGUGCUAAACAGCGGAAGCUGCAAACUUGGAAAGCGCAGGUAUUUCGAGCACAUCUGAUCGUGAAGAGCCAGACCUUUCUAUACCUUGCGUUCUUGUCGAAGUCUCAGGUACUUACGAACUUGAGGUUGCCAUCUUGUUAACUGGUUAUUCUCAUUUGUCCAAGGUAUGUAGGUAUGUCAAGUUUCACAUAAGUAUCCUUUGUCAGGUCGAUUGACGCCUCUUGCUGGAGCGACGCAUGCCUUAGCUGCCGAUGCUGAGAAAAAUGUCUGCCGUGGAUACGAGAAACUCGUGAAUUGUAGUCGACACUUUAUCUUGAUGGCGAGAUCGGAGGAGGAAGAUCAUGUCGGUGACCUAUCCAAUC